AUGAAUAUCCUACAUUCAACACUAUCAACCUGGCGGGAUCGUCUAGCCCCAGUUUCCCGAACGUCUACCUUUCGUGCUUCGGGCCAAAUCACUCCAGAGGAGUUCGUUCUUGCCGGCGACUACCUUGUCUACAAGUUCCCCACAUGGUCUUGGGGUGAUGCCUCCAGCCCAGCAAAACGUGUCUCCUACCUCCCCGCUGGAAAGCAGUUUCUCGUUACACGUGGAGUACCAUGUGAGCGUCGACUGAACGACAACUUUGCCGGUGACGCAGGCCACGAAGACGAGAUCGUGAGGGAUAUGCUCUCUGGUGCAGGCGAGGAGGGCCCAGCGGGCGACGACGGCGAUGAUGGGUGGCUCCGAACCGGAGGAGGCCCCGACCGGAAUCAACAGGAGGCUAGGAUCCGAGAUGUGCGGACGGUUGACGAGUCUGGGAACUUGGGAGAGCAAGAGGAUGAGGAGGAGAUUCCCGAUAUGGAGGAUGACGAUGACGACGAGGAGGCGAUUAUUCGCGAGCCGGCGGGACAGUCUGGAACAACGCAAUCCAUGCGUACCUAUACUCUAUACAUCACCUAUUCUAACUUCUAUCGCACACCCCGCCUCUACCUAUCUGGAUACCUAUCCCCCUCUGAACCACUUCCACCUCACUUGAUGAUGGAGGACAUCGUCGGGGACUACAAGGAUAAAACAGUGACUCUGGAGGACUUCCCUUGGUUCGAAGGCAGUGUGAAAAUGGCCACCGUGCACCCAUGUCGUCAUGCCUCAGUGAUGAAGACACUACUUGACCGCGCCGACGCAGCACUCAAGCGCCGACGCGACAAGCUGAAGCAAACGCAAUCCCCUGAAGAGGCGAACCGCAUUCUACACGGAAGUGGAGACGGUCUGGAAGGUCUGGUGGAUGAUACGAAGGGCAUGUCUCUCGGCGAGAACCAACAGGCUGGCGGUGAUGAGUGGGAGGUUCUUCAGCAUGAUGAAGAAGAGCAAGUUGCUAUCCGAGUGGAUCAGUACCUGGUCGUGUUCCUCAAAUUCAUUGCUAGCGUUACACCGGGCAUUGAGCAUGACUUUACGAUGGGGGUAUAA